AUGCUUCAACGUUGCAUCCAGAAUGGCGACCACCUUACCGGCCGAGCUCACCACUGUGCGAUUCUCAAGACGGGUAAUUGCUUAGAUUUGUUUGCUCACAACGUUCUGCUCAACCUCUACGUGAAUGGGAAGUCCUUGACUGAUGCCCGUAAGGUGUUCGACGAGAUGCCUCUUUGCAAAGAUAUGGUUUCGUGGACUGGGAUGGUGGCUUGCUAUGCGGAGAAUAGUUGCUUCCUAGAGUCUUUUCAAGUGUUCUCUGAUAUGAGGAGAAUUGGAUUCCGGCCUAAUCAUUUUACGCUUGCUGCUGUGCUCAAGGCCUGUGUUGGCCUAGAGGCUUUUGAUUUGGCCAAGGGGACACAGGUUCAUUGUCACGUGCUUAAGCUUGGUUUUCUUGAAGACAUUUUUAUCACAAAUGCUUUAAUGGAUGUUUAUGCCAAAUGCAGUCUGAUAGAAAACUCUCUUACGCUAUUUUUAGGAUCAUCAAUCACGAACGACGUCAGUUGGAAUACUAUGAUUGUUGGUUUUGUGCAUGCGGGUGAUUUCGAUUCAGCAUUGAGCUUCUUCAAAGAUACGCUUGAAUGCCAUAAUGUCCAGCCAACGGAAGUUACAUAUUCCAGCGCUCUUUGUGCUUGUGCUAGUCUAGCAGCUCUCGACCCAGGAACUCAGAUUCAUUGUUUGACAAUGAAAACUACAUAUGACAAGAACACCGUAGUUGGUAAUGCUUUGAUAGACAUGUAUGCAAAGUGUGGCAGCAUUAAAGACGCACGCCUGGUAUUUAAUGGUCUAACCAAAAAUGACGAGGUCUCCUGGAAUGCUAUGAUAUCAGGGUACUCUAUGCAUGGUCUCGGUGGGGAAGCUCUGAAGGUUUUUGACAUGAUGCAAGAAACUGAUGUUAGGCCAAAUCAGAUGACCUUUGUUGGGGUGCUAUCUGCAUGUAGUAACGGUGGACUGCUCAGCAAAGGAGAAGCUUAUUUUAAAUCUAUGAUACACGACCAUGGUAUUGAGCCAUGCGUGGAACACUACUCUUGUAUGGUCUGGCUAUUAGGAAGGUUAGGUCAUCUCGAUCGAGCUCUGAAGCUGAUAAAAGAAAUGCCAUUUGAGCCCUCUCUUAUGGCAUGGCGUGCUUUACUUGGUGCUUGUGUCAUCCACAAUGAUGUUGAGAUAGGCAAACUCUGUGCAAAGCACAUCCUCGAGAUUGAUCCCCAAGAUGAGUCGACCCAUGUGUUGUUAUCCAACAUGUAUGCCAGAACCAGGAGGUGGGCAAAUGUCGCUACUGUUAGGAGAAGCAUGAAAACAAAAGGACUCAACAAAGAACCAGGUCUUAGCUGGAUUGAGAACCAGGGCACUGUUCACUAUUUCACUGUGGACGACGCUUCACAUCCUGACAAGAAAAUGAUCUAUGGAAUGCUGGAGUGGCUGAACAUGAAAACUAGGCAAGAAAGCUACAGUCCUGACCGUAAUGCUGUGUUGCGGGACAUUGAAGAUGAUCAAAAAGAGCGCCACUUGUGGGUGCACAGUGAACGACUGGCUUUAGCUUUUGGUCUUAUCAAAACACCAUCGGGAAGCAGCCCUAUCCGGAUCAUAAAAAACCUUCGCAUCUGUGCUGACUGUCAUGCUGUCAUGAAAUUGAUAUCGAAGAUUGUGAAACGAGAUAUCAUCGUGAGGGAUAUGAAUCGGUUCCACCACUUUGAGAAUGGACUUUGCUCUUGUGGCGACUACUGGUGAUUAAGAUCUUAGCACCUGGAAGAGGCAAGGUCUCUUUUUAAGGAAGCGUUUCCAAUCCAUUUGUUGAUCUUUUCUGAAUCAGUUGUUUGACAUCUACCAAUUAGGCCUAUAGCUUGUUUAAGAGUUCUCCAUCGUGGACGAACAGAUUUCAGAUUAUGAGUAUAUGCCAAUCAGAAGGUUGGACUUCAUUCUUUUCCGUCUUUGCCAUUUUUUAUCUGCUGCAUUCAGAGCAUUUUGCCAUGGCAGAGGAUACAGAAUGUAUAGGACUAUAGGUUCAAGAUGACCACCAGUCAAGUCUUCAAGAUGCUGCAGAAUCUCAGCUUACUCUUAGCGAAGUUACUGGUGAACGGGGUUACGGGCUGAUUGAGUUCAUUCCGUAUGAAAAGAUUGGUCUUAUUGAGGCUGACAGGUUGGGUAAUUAGUUGCGCAGCAUUGAGGGUUUUGCUAACUCGGAGAAGCUAGUUUACCUGUUUCAUUGUAUUGGAAUUUGGAAACCUCCUCAACAAGUCUUCACCUUCUCACUGCUCUUAUCCUUCUUUUCUUUCGUCCAGGUUCACUCCUCUCAUCCUGUAUAAUAAAAUCUAUUAAUUAGGUGAAAGGAAUACAUCAAAUGGGGCAGCAGAUGAGCAGCAUGACGACGAUGAGGAUGAGUUGCGGACUUUCAACUUUGAAAUCAUUGCUGCUGCUGCAACUAAUUAUUUCGCAACCGCAAACAAGAUUGGAGAAGGAGGUUUCGCACCUGUUUACAAGGGAAGGCUGGUGACUGGGCGAGAAGUCGCAGUAAAGCGACUAUCAAGAAGUUCAGGGCAAGGGGUUGUGGAGUUCAGAAAUGAAGCCUGUCUCAUUGCCAACUCCAGCACACUAAUCUGAUGAGGCUAUGAGGAUUCUGCACGCGGAGAGACGAGAAGAUUUUACUUUAUGAGUAUAUAUAUGCCAAACGGAAGUUUGGACUCCUUUCUUUUUGAUGCCGAAAGAAAGAGAGUGCUAGACUGGAAGAAAUGUUCAGAAAUGACUUGCAGGCAAGCAAUGUCUUGCCUGAUGAUGACAUGAACCCAAAGAUAUCAGAUUUCGGGAUGGCUACGAUAUUGGGUCUCAGAAUCAGAAGCAAACACAGGGUGUAUUGUGCGAACAUAUGGCUACAUGUCUCCGGAGUACGCACUGCAUGGUGUUGUCUCUACUAAAACCAAUGUGUUCAGCUUUGGCAUUUUGCUUCUGGAAAUUGUGAGUGGCAAGAAAAACAAUGGUUUCUAUGACCCUGACGAAAAACUGUCCACCCUCGCUGGAUAUGCGUGGCAGCUGUGGAAUGAAGGCCAGGGAGGCAGGGACUACAACUGUUGGACCGGACAGUAGCAGAUUUCAACACACAAAAUGUACUGAGAUGCAUUCAGACAGGUCUGUUGUGCGUUCAAGAUCAGGCCACAGAUAGACCUGCCAUGUCUGAAGUUGUGGCCUUGCUGUCCAAUGAGACACGGGUACUGGCACACCCAAAGCAACCAUCGUUUUGUGCCGGUGAAGUAGCAGAAGAGCUUGCCAAAGUGGAAAUCGAAGGUGAGAACUGUUUCAGAAACAAUAUGACCACCUCUGCAAGGAGGCAAGAUAAGUAGAUGGAUAGUGCCUUGUGGUCUAGUCCAUCAUGUUGUGCAUAUGUGAUACAUCGGGAGUUGAAACCUCUCAAGUCAGCCGUGUUGAUGAACCAUAGCUACAGUUGCAUGUCGAUCGAACAUGUUUGGCAAUAGUGUUUACUGUAAGAUGUUUGUCAAAUGUCAUGCUGUAGGAUUUUGAAGCUGUCUAUAGACAGGUGCAAGUGAAGUCAAAACGUUUAUGGAAAAGCUUCUAAUGCUAAGCUCACGACUUUAUCAUUCCAAGUAACAUGCUACGAGAUUUAUUAUAAAGUUUACAUCUUGUUAGAGGUUCUAGC